AUGGCAACAGAGAUUUUGCGGCCACAGGAUAUAUUAACUCAAUGGUUCAGAGUUUCACCGUCGGUGUGUUAUCGUCGGAGAAAUAAUUUUGGAAACGGAAAUGAGUAUAUUAGCUCUAGGUCUUCUUAUGGGAACCGGAAACAGGUGGUUAGAACGGAAAAGGAAAGAUCUGAGAAGAAGAAGGUGAGAAACCAACCUGAGCCAUUGAUGAGGAGGAGAUCUGCGAGUUCCGAUGAUUUGAGACCGACUCUCAACGCCGGUAAGUCUAACGGUGGCGUAGUUAUGGGACAGGUAACGAUAUUGAGGAGAGGCGAGUCUUUGGAUUCGCUGAACUCCGUUUAUGGAACCGGACCGGGUCAACCCGAAAAGUUGCGCAAGCAGAUCCAGGUCGGGUUAUCUUCGGCCGAUGUCUACGCCGGUUCAGCUUUUUCAAAUUCACCGUCGCCUAGAGCUCUUCCGUUGCCUUCCUUUUUCAACAAAAAGCAAGAGGAUUUCAAGUCUGAUGACUUCGCCAGUAGAGAUUUGAGGCGCUUGCUCCGGCUGGAACACUAG